AUGCUGGCGUACACCGCAGCUGACAUCGCAGCGCUCCACCGCGCCAUGCAAGAAGACGCAGAGCAGGUGCGGCAGCAGCUGGCAGCAGGCAUGGAGGGGGUGGCGCGGGAGGUGGGGCAGCUGCGCCAGGCGAGCAGCAAGGCGGCGGGGGACGCGGCGCAGGUGCUGAGGGAGGGGCAGGAGGGGCUGCAGCAGCUGCAGGCGGAGAUCAAAGAGCUUAAAGCCCGCGUGCGCCGGCAGGGCGAGGAGCUGUCUCAGCAAAUGGCGGCCCUGGCUCGAGUGCAGGCACGGCAGAACAAUGCUCGGGCUGCCGCUGCCGCUGCCGCCGCCGCCGCUGCUGCUGCCGCCGCCGCCGCCGCCACUGCUGCUGCUGCGACUGAAGCUGGCGGUGGUAGCAGCAACAGCAGCGGUGGCAGCGGGGGGAGGGGGAGCGGGGUAUACCACCGGCCGUGGCGGAGGAACGGGUUCAGGCGGUGGAAGAUCACGGACGACCGCCCGCAGUACUGGCGGCAGCACGUGUUUGAGAAAUAUGGUGCCUAUGGCUUCGUCAGGUUCAGGUGA